UGGGUGAAGACAGAAUGGGCGUCUGUGAGCUGUGAGGAUGGAGAAGAGAGUGUGUGUGAUCCAGACUGACUUCCACCAGUACAGACCCAACAUCGCUCUGCACAGACGACCUGUGGCUCAUGAGCAGGAGAGUGCCCAGGCGUCUGAGCAGCACUGUGUCCAGCUGGAGAAGGUCCGGCGUGAGCUGGAGCAGCAGCUUUCAAGCCUGUCAGACCGUCUGCAGGAGGAGGAAGCCUGCUCAUCCCAGCUGUCCAUCCACAGGGACAGGCUGGAGGUCGAGUGCAGCAGCCUCAGAAGAGACCUGGAUGAACUGGAGAGUGCCCUGACUGUGGCUGAGCAGGCAAAACAGUCAUCAGACGGUCAGGUACGGAAGCUGUCAGAGCAGCUUUUUCAGAAGGACGAGGUGGUGCAGAGGCUGCAGAAGGAGAAGGAGCAUCUGGUGGAGCUCAGCCAGCAGGCCAUUGAGGACCUGCAGUGUGAAGAGGAGAAGGUGAACCUGCUGACCAAAGAGAAAACCAAGUUACAGCUGCAAGCUGAAGAUUUGGAGUACCGACUGGAGCAGGAGCGCCGUCAGUGUGGUGAGCUGGAGAAGAGCAGGAGGAAACUGGAGGGUGACAGCAGAUCCACACAGGAGAGCCUGGGAAAAAUGGAGAAGAAUAGGAGUGGGCUGGAAGACCUCCUCAAAAGGAAGGACCUGGAGAUCAGCAGCACCAGCUCCAAGCUAGAAGCAGAGGAGGCCCUCAACCUUGGACUGCAGAGGAAGAACCAUGAGAUGCAGGCCCGCAUCGAGGAGCUGGAGGAGGAGCUGGAAGCGGAGCGGGCCAUGAGAGCCAAGGUUGAGAAGCAGAGAGCAGAUCUGACCAGAGAACUGGAUGAUCUCACCGACCGAUUGGAGGAGGCCGGAGGUUUCACCGCCUCACAGAUGGAGAUGAACAAGAAGCGGGAGGCGGAGCUGCAGCGUCUGAGGCGAGACCUGGAGGAGUCCUCCGUGCAGUCGGAGGCGCUGGCUGCCGCUCUGAGGAAGCGUCACGGUGACGCCAUGGCCGAGCUGAGCGAGCAGUGCGAGGCCCUGCAGCGGGUCAGGGCCAAACUGGAGAAGGAAAAGCAGAACCUGAGGAUGGAGGUGGACGAGCUGGCCGCGUCUUUGGACAAUCUGCAGAAAGCCAAGAUGUCUUCAGACGGCCAGAUGAAGAAACUGGAGGAGCAGCUGUCAGAGGCCAACAGGAGAGGAGACGACCUGCAGAGGGCGCUGACGGAGCUCAGCGUAGCCAAGAACAGACUCACAGCCGAUAAUGCGGACGUGAGCCGACAGAUGGAGGAGGCAGAGAGCAGAGCGAGCCAGCUGAGCCGCUCCAAGACUCUGCUCCAAUCACAGCUGGAAGAGCUGAAGAAACAACUGGACGAGGAGGUCAAGUGUAAGCAGGCAGUCGGCAGCAGCCUGAGCUCAGCGCGGCAGGAGUGCGAGGUGCUGAAGGAGCAGCUGGACGAGGAGCAAGAGAGCAAACAGGAGCUGCAGCGCCUCGUCUCCAAACUCAACAGCGAGGUGACGCACUGGAGGAGCAAGCACGAGUCCGACGCCAUCCAGCACGCUGACGAGCUGGAGGACACCAAGAAGAAGCUGGCGACCAGGCUGCAGGAGGCUGAGGAGGCCGUGGAGGCCACCCAGGCGAAAUGCUCCUCGCUGGAGAAAACCAAACAGAGGCUGCAGGGAGAGGUGGAGGAGCUCUGCAUGGACCUGGAGAAGGCCAGCAGCUGCGGUCAGGCUCUGGACAAGAAGCAGCGGGUCCUGGAGAAGCAGCUCGGAGACUGGAGGCAGAAGUGCGAGGAGCUGGUGGCCGAGGUGGAGGGCUGCCAGAAGGAGAGCAGGCAACACGCCGGCGAGCUCUUCAAGGUCAAGACGGCCCACGAAGAGUCUCUGGAGCAGCUGGAGGCCCUCCGCAGGGAGAACAAGGUCUACCAGGAGGAGAUAGCGGACCUCACAGACCAGCUCUCAGAUGGGGGCAAAAGUGUCCACGAGCUCCAGAAGGCAAAGAAGAAGAUCGAGAUGGAGAAGGAAGAGUUACAGGCCUCACUGGAGGAGUCAGAGGCAGCUCUGGAGGCUGAGGAGACCAAGGUGCUGAGGCUGCAGCUGGAGCUGUCUCAGGCCAAAGGAGACCUGGAGCGCAGACUGCAGGAGAAGGAGGAGGAGGCAGAAGCCACGAGAAAAAGCCACCAGAGGGCGCUGGAGUCCUUGCAGGCCAGUCUGGACGCGGAGGUGAGAGGCAAAGCGGACGGACUGAAGCUGAAGAAGAAGCUGGAGGCUGACGUCAACGAGCUGGAGCUGCAGGUGGACCUGCUGACCAAGAGCAAUGCCGAGCUCAGCAAGAACAGCAAGAAGAUGCAGCAGCAGAUUAAGGAGCUGCAGGCUCAGCUGGAGGAGGAGGUGCGGAGUCACGAUGAGUGCAGGGAGGAGCAGGCAGCCAUGGAGCGACGCUGCGCCCUGCUGGCCGGAGAGGGGCAGGAGGCUCGCGCUGCCCUGGAGAACGCCGAGAGGAGCCGCAAGGCCCUGGAGACCGAGCUCCAGGAGGCCAACGAGAAAUACGGCGACCUCAACAACCAGUUCCAGACGGCUCUGAGUGGGCGGAGGAAGCUGGAGGUGGACCUCCAGACCCUGCAGCAGGAGCAUGAGGAGCUGCAAGGGGAGCUGAGGAAAUCCACGGACAAGACCAAGAAGGCCAGCUGUGAGUUGGCGCGGGUCGGGGAGGAGCUGCGCCUGGAGCAGGAGCACACCCUCCACCUGGAGAGGGCGAAGAAAGGCCUGGAGGCUCAGAUCAAAGACAUGGGCGGCAGGCUGGACGAGGCCGAGCAGAUGGCUCUGAAGGGAGGCAAGAAGAUCAUCCAGAAGUUAGAGGGAAAGGUGAAGGAGGUGGAGCUGGAGUUGGACUCGGAGCAGAAGAGGCACGCCGAGACGGUGAAGACCCUGCGGAAGAACGAGCGUCGGCUGAAGGAGCUGCUGUUCCAGUCGGAGGAGGACCAAAAGAACCAGCAGAGGAUGCAGGAGCUGGUGGAGAGGCUGCAGAACAAAAUGAAGGCCUACAAGAGACAAGUGGAGGAGGCCGAGGAGCAAGCCAACAUGAACUUGGCGAAGUACAGGAAGACCGUCCACGAGCUGGAUGACGCCGAGGAGCGAGCUGACAUAGCCGAGUCAGCGCUCACCAAGAUCAGGACCAAGAACAGAGGCAGCUUUGGCAAGGGACACUCCUCUGGUUACAGCACUCCGUACCGCAGCCUGGUCAGGUCCCCCAGCUCCGUGGGCUCCGAGGGCCGAGGGGAGAAGAUCCUCACUGAUGACAACGAGUCCGUCAGCUCCCUCAUCCCGGCUUACCUCGACUCCCUCAAGAAGCUCAUGAUCGACUAGAAACACGCCGGCGACAGCUCCGACGCUCUCCGGGUGGAACAUCGAUGCGGGCUCCGAUGCGUCUUACAGGAGUGAACGUGAUCCAGAAUGAAGAUCGAAACAUCAGAGAGGCUGAAACUGCGGUCUGACAACGCAUUCAGGUCGUGUUGACUGGACAUUCCUAUUGGAUUUUUCCUACAAUGUACUCAUUCCUUCCUGUCUUUUGUAGUCUGUAAGAUCACAACUUUAAUAACACACUCCAGCUUUAAUAACACACACUUUGUAUCCACUUCAUAAUGUUAAAUUUGAAUGUACAAACACAUCUAAAACUGGACUGUAAGUGCUCUUAAAUCCCACAUAGGUAACACUUUAUUACAACCACCAGUUAGAAGUCAUUUAUAAGCUGGUUUCAGUCAUUUUGGGACGUUUGUAUUGGCAGAUUAACAUCACAGAGAGGCUACAUUAGAAAUUAAAGCUUGUUAAAUAAAGUAAGACAGUCUGAUGAUAUAGUCUGCUGUUAGAGACGCUACCAAGCUUGAAGAUGUGAGAGUUCCUACUGUCUAUUGUAGUGCAUCAAUAAAUUACAUAUAUACAUAUA